GAGCUGAGGGGCGGAGGAGGAGGAGAGGUGGCGGAGCAGAAGCGGGCGACUUAGGCGCUGCUACGAAAUGGCUGGGCAGCAGUUUCAGUACGACGACAGUGGCAAUACAUUUUUUUAUUUCCUCACGUCCUUCGUUGGCUUAAUCGUCAUCCCAGCCACCUAUUACCUCUGGCCGCGGGAUCAGAAUGCAGAGCAAUUACGGUUGAAGAGCUUGAGAAGAGUUCAUGGAAGAUGUUUGUGGUAUCGGCUUCGGCUUAUGAAAUCGCAGCAGAGCAUUGUCCCAACACUAAAAAAAGCGGCCCUAUUGUUUGGUUGGGCAGUAUUUAUCUUCCUGGCCUAUAAGGUGUCUAAAUUAGAUCGUGAGUACCAGGAGUAUAACCCCUAUGAGGUCCUAAAUCUGGAUGCGGGGGCAUCUGUGUCUGAGAUUAAGAAGCAGUACAGAGUGCUGUCGCUGAAAUACCAUCCUGACAAAGGAGGAGAUGAGGCCAUGUUCAUGAAGAUAGCUAAAGCUUACUCAGCUUUAACUAAUGAGGAAUCACGGAAAAACUGGGAGACCUAUGGCAACCCAGAUGGCCCUAGAGUCACAAGUUUUGGAAUUGCCCUCCCUGCAUGGAUUGUUGACCAGAAGAACUCUAUGUUGGUGCUGUUGGUGUAUGGUUUGGCUUUUAUGGUCAUUCUUCCUGUGGUUGUGGGCACGUGGUGGUACCGUUCUAUUCGCUACAGUGGUGAUCAGAUCCUCAUUAACACAACUCAGCUCUUCAUGCACUUUAUGUACAAAACACCCACCAUGAACAUGAAGCGGUUAGUGAUGGUGCUGACGGCGGCAUUCGAAUUUGACCCACGUAGCAACAAAGAAGCUAUUAUAAGACCAACAGACAACAUUGAAGUUCCACAGCUGAUUCGGGAGCUGGGGAACAUUAAUGUGAAGAAGAAGGAGCCUCCAUUCUGUUACCCCUAUAGUCUGAAGGCCCGUGUUCUCGUGCUCACACACCUUGCUCGGAUGGAGGUGUCUGAGAAUAUUGAAGAAGAUCAGAGGUUUGUAGUGAAGAAGUGUCCUGCCUUGCUUCAGGAGAUGAUCAACGUUGGCUGCCAGCUCACAAUGAUGGCCACCAGUAGAGGAGGUUUUCGUGCUCCUAGAUUGACUUCUAUAGAGAACUGUAUGAAGCUGAGUCAGAUGGUGGUUCAGGGACUGCAGGAAGCCAAGUCUCCUCUGCUGCAGUUGCCCCACUUUGAAGAGGAGCACCUUAGAUACUGCAUCUCUAAAAAGUAUAAGGUGCGGAGUAUUCAAGAUUUGGUCAGUCUGAAGGACUCUGACAGGAGGAACAUGCUGAGAUUUCUAGGAGAGGAAAAGUAUGAUGAGGUCAUGGCCGUUCUUGGAAGCUUCCCCCACAUUACCAUGGAUACCAAACUUCAAGUGCUGGAUGAUGAAGACAGCAAUAACAUCACAGCAGGGUCCAUUGUUACAGUUACGGUUACCUUGACACGGAAGAAAAUGGCUCAAGUGCAAGCUCAUUUUAAACACACCAGGAGCAUUCAGCCUCAGGAGGUCUUUGAGAAGGAGCAGGACCCUCAAGCACCUGCAGAAGAGACCAACACAGAGGAGGCACAAGGUGAUGCCAUUAAAAACAAAACUAAAGUUUGGCAAAACAAACAUAAAGGAGCUAAAAAAGCAGCCAAGUCCAAAAAGAAGAAACUGACGAAGAAAAAGCCCGUCUCCCAGCAGCAGGCCAAGGGUGACAAAGCCAAACAGGCCAAUGGCAACGUCGCAGGAAAUGAAGUGGCUGUAGUAGCAAAAGAGGAAGAGGAGGAUCUUUCUGACAAAGGCAGUGAAUCGGAUGAAGCAGAGGGAAACAAAGAUUCGCCCAGCGAGAGAGACGAAGAGAGCGACAAACAGAGUGACACUGAGGUUGAUGAGAUUGCAGGGGAUGAUGAAGAGGAGUGGGAGGCUCUGCAGCAGAGUAUCCAGCGCCGUGAACGAGCACUGCUGGAGACCAAGUCCAAGGUCACACAUCCAGUCUACAGCCUGUACUUUCCUGAGGAGAAGCAGGAGUGGUGGUGGCUCUACAUCGCCGACCGCAAGGACCAGACACUUGUGUCCAUGCCAUACCAUGUCUGCACACUCAAAGACACGGAGGAGGUUGAGCUGAAAUUCCCUGCUCCAUCGAAAACAGGAAACUAUCAGUAUUCAGUGAUCCUCAGAUCAGAUUCCUAUAUGGGAUUAGAUAAGGUCAAGCCACUGAAGUUGGAGGUGCAUGAAGCAAAGGCCAUGCUGGAUAACCACCCACAGUGGGACAUCCCAGAGACUGAGGAAGAGGAGGAGGAUCAGGAGGACAGUGACGGCAUUGAGGAGUCUGAGGAAGACGAUGAAGACAACGAUUAAUCCAGCCAACCCACAUGAACUCGAACUUGGUUCACGCACCCAUGUGCCGCUCUAUCUCUGUAACACACAAACACCUUCACAGACAGUCCAAAGCCACUGCCAUACCACUGUAACCGCAGAAAGAAUGUGGUUUUUGAGAGGUAUGGACUGUGAUCCUUGCCUUGGUUCCAGACAAACGGUCGUGCACACAAUUUAUGUUCUUCACAUGUCCACUCGUUGGAUGUCAGUCGGUUCUUUUUUUUCUUUUUUUUUUUUUUUCUUCCAUGAUCUAAAUGGCUGUGAGCUUGUGUCUGCAGCGCCGCCAGCACCAUUACACCUCAUCAGAGGUGUUUGACCAACUGCCGUUUAAGACUAAUAAACAGACUGCUUCUCCCCAAAAAAGGCA